AUGGCACAUUCAAUUACAAUACAAUUAUCUUCCAUAUACCCGGCACUUUUGAUGUACCGGGCAACAGUCGAAGUCAUCGUGAAUGUGCAGCCGCGUCUCCAUCGCCGUAGACUGUACCGAAAGGAGACUCCGGCAGCUAUCACACUGGGCCAAGAAAUCGAACGGGGCGAAAACAAGGGUCCGGAACCGUUCCAAAGGCUCACCGAAUCCAAACGUACGGCGCUCCACCGUGCCAUUGAGAAUUAUGCUCGACUCCGGUCACCCAUUCCUCCUCAUUAUUAUCGUGCUUUCCAUGUUCAGAAGCGUUUCUUGGUGGCUUUGGCUGUGUGGGUGUAG